UGAGCGAAAGUCCUAGUGGAGCAGCUGGGCGCGCUACUGCAGCUGAUCCCCGGGCGAGUCGUGGCUCAUAGAACGUGGUGCAGGUGUCUAGACGCCUGUUGACCUUGGCCCCCAAGUCGGUGAACCCGAGCUGGACAGCACAGACCCGGCAAGACCGGCCGCGGCGGCCAGGACCCACGUUUUUCUACAUAGGUUCUGAUGCUGGUCUCCUGUAGAAGGUUGCUCACAACUUUGCUGCACGCUCAGAAGUGGCCCUUUCAACCCUCCAGAAAUAUGAGACUGGUGCAGUUCCAGGCACCCCACCUGACAGGACCUCACCUGGGCUUGGAGUCAGGGAAUGGUGGGGGCGUCAUCAACCUCAACACCUUUGACCCCACACUGCCCAAGACGAUGAUGGAGUUCCUAGAGCAGGGAGAGGCCACUCUCUCAGUGGCAAGAAGAGCCCUGACUGCCCAGUUGCCAGUCUUACCACGGUCAGAGGUGACCUUCCUGGCCCCAGUCACACGGCCAGACAAGGUGGUGUGUGUGGGAAUGAAUUAUGUGGACCACUGCAAAGAGCAGAACAUUCCAGUGCCGAAGGAGCCCAUCAUCUUCAGCAAGUUUGCCAGCUCCAUUGUGGGGCCCUACGACGAGGUCAUCCUCCCGCCAGAGAGCCAGGAGGUGGACUGGGAGGUAGAGCUGGCCGUAGUCAUUGGAAAGAAAGGCAAGCGCAUCAAGGCCACAGAUGCCAUGGCUCAUGUGGCCGGCUUCACUGUGGCUCAUGAUGUAAGUGCUCGUGACUGGCAAAUGAGACGCAAUGGAAAGCAGUGGCUGCUGGGAAAAACCUUUGACACCUUCUGCCCCCUGGGCCCUGCCUUGGUGACCAAGGACAGUAUAGCAGAUCCACACAACUUAAAGAUCUGCUGCCGUGUGAACGGGGAGGUGGUCCAGAGCAGCAAUACCAACCAGAUGGUGUUUAAGACGGAAGAGCUGAUAGCCUGGAUCUCCCAGUUCGUUACUCUUUACCCAGGGGAUGUCAUCCUGACUGGGACCCCCCCAGGUGUUGGUGUCUUCAGGAAACCUCCAGUCUUUCUCAAGAAGGGUGAUGAAGUCCGGUGUGAAAUUGAAGAACUAGGCAUCAUCAUCAACAAGGUGGUGUGAGGGCUCUCCACACAGGCCUGGGACUUAAGAGGUGGGACAUCCAUUCUCUCCCAGUGCCAGCAGCCUCUUCCAGGUAGAAUGAGAGGAGAGGAAGCUUGCUCUCCUCAUCAAUAAAAUUCUCAGCCAAAACA